ACUCCAGACGGCAGCAGAUCCUCUGCUUGACCCGAGCUCCAUGGAGUGCGCUCGUGCUGUUUGACGCUUGUUAAUCCGGUCGUGUUGAAGAGAAGCUGGGUAUUUAGCGAUCACAAAUCCACGUCUCUACGUCAAUCUUUAUCCACAAGCCAUCGCUUUGGAGUCAUGUUUCAUUCAAAGCAAGGUACCGGAUGUAUUUUGCUGAUGGUGGCUACAUUAACUGGAGCCUGUGUUCCAAAUGGCCUGGACCUAAAGCUGCUGAAGGUAUUAACGAAAGAUCUGAGCAAGAACCAGGCCAUCGCCCCGUUCGUCAUGUCCACGUUGAUGACACAGGUCUGGCUGGGAGCCAGAGGCAGCACCAGAAACGAGAUGACGACGGUCCUAGACAUAAAGACAACAACUGGAUGCAGCUUUUUAACAAGUUACCAAAGUGCCAUCAGAGACCUCAGCGACGGUUCCAGUAGCAUCACUACCGGUGUCUUUAAUCGGAUAUACAUCAAACAUGGCUUCAGCGUCAAGUCGGCAAUUUAAGGAUCUGUUGCAAAAUCACUACUUCGCGGGCGUGAAGAAGUUUUCAUCGGCGGCGCAGGCGGCGAAGGAAAUAAACUCCGAUGUUGCUACGGUAACACGAGACCGCAUCAAGAAACUUGUCUCACCAAGUGCUCUGCAAGACGCUGUCAUGGUCCUAGUCAGUGCCUUGUACUUCAAGGGCUUGUGGCUGACUCCGUUCGACAUGACCGUGAAAGGACCGUUUCUCACGGCAUCAGGAAACAAGCAGGUCGACAUGAUGAAGCUUAGAACAAGAGUGCCGUAUGUAAAGAUGCCUCAUUUUGAUGCCAUUUCCCUGCCGUACACGGACAAAAACUAUGUUAUGCUGAUCUUGCGUCCACUGACACGUAACAUGGCUGCCGUUUCCCGUCUGAAGGACUCCCUGGACAUCCUCGACGUCGCCGAAAUCAUGAAGCAGAUGUCGCGUAGGCCCGUUCAGAUAAGCAUGCCUCGGUUCAAGAUAAACACAAAUUACCAACUGACGCGAUCUAUGUCCCAGUUGGGCAUUCGUAAAAUAUUCACGCCUCAGGCAGACUUUGGGAACAUUGCCGAUGAGCCACUGGCCGUCAGCAAUAUCAUCCACAAGGUGUUUAUGGAGGUGACAGAGAAAGGUACUGAGGCUGCCGGGGCAGGAGCCGUCAUUUUCGUGCUCACGUCCGCGAGCGUGCAGCCUCCACCCAUUCAGUUCAAAGCUGAUCGUCCAUUCUUUGCCAUUGUCUGGAACAAAAAACACAAGAUCAACUUGUUCUCUGCGUAUAUGGGUUCACCACCAGUGUAUGACUAAGAUUCUGCGCACUGUUCUGAGACGAGACAUAUGACACGCAUCCGAAUCAUGUGAAUCGCAUUAUACAUGCCUUUAGCGCAGUUCAUGAAAGGACAACUCUGGAUAUGGUUGGGUGCGACAGCGAAGCCUAAAGGCGUACGGGCUGGAUAACCAAGUGGAAAACUAUCUGUCUGUUUUGACUUCUUGGAUUUCCAUGAGGUUGUGUGGGGAACUGUGAUCAAAGCAACCUGCACUGGCGUGGUAAUCAGUGUUCUUAGCAAUAUAUCAUAUUUCGAAAACAU